AAUUCUUCCUGCAGAAUAAACCGGGCCAUCUGCACACCCCCUCAGUGAGUUCCGCUGCUGUCCCCACCUUUGUUCCCACUGCACUGCUGAAGCCACGAGGUCGUGACACCGCCAGGCACAGCGAUGCCCCUGCACUCAACGGGGGACAAACCCUUCGUUUCAAUGCCGCCACUCACCUUCCCCAGCCCAACAUCAGCCGUUGAAAAUGGGUUUGUUCACACCCUGCCCAGCAGAAAGGAGUUCCCAGGCUCGCCCCUGAGCCCUGGUUCCCUGAGAUCUGCUGCCCACAGCCCCCUGGACUCCUGCAGCCAGACCCUGUGCCAGCCCCAGGCCGAGAAGUGCGACCCCCAGGCGGCCCACGAGGUGCACUACAUCUCAGCAGGGCCGCAGGGCUCGGCAUGCGGCUGGCGGGCCUUCACACCCAGGUGCCUGCAGGUCUUCAACACGCCCAAGGGCUUCCUGUUCUUCCUGUGUGCGGCCUCGUUCCUGCAGGGCAUGACGGUGAACGGCUUCAUCAACACUGUCAUCACCUCCAUUGAGCGCCGCUUCGACCUGCACAGCUACCAGAGUGGGCUCAUCGCCAGCUCCUAUGACAUCGCCGCCUGCCUCUGUCUCACUUUUGUCAGCUACUUCGGGGGCAGCGGGCACAAACCCCGCUGGCUGGGCUGGGGCGUGCUGGUCAUGGGUGCCGGCUCGCUGGUGUUUGCGCUGCCUCACUUCACCGCCGGCCGCUAUGAGGUGGAGGCCGACCAGGGGGUCGGGACGUGCCCAGCUAACCGGAGCAUGGCGUGUGCAGACAGCAGCUCAGGCCUGUCCAGCUACCGGCUGGUCUUCAUGCUGGGCCAGUUCCUGCAUGGCGUCGGCGCCACGCCACUCUACACGCUGGGUGUCACCUACCUGGAUGAGAACGUCAAGUCCAGCUACUCGCCUGUCUACAUCGCUGUCUUUUACACCGCGGCUAUCCUGGGCCCUGCAGCCGGCUACCUGAUUGGAGGCACCCUGCUGAACAUCUUCACGGAAAUGGGUCGACGGACGGAGCUGACCACCGAGAGCCCGCUGUGGGUCGGUGCCUGGUGGAUCGGCUUCCUGGGCGCCGGGGUGGCCGCCUUCCUCAUCGCCAUCCCCCUCCUCGGCUAUCCUCGGCAGCUGCCAGGCUCCCAGCGCUACGUGGUCAUGAGAGCAUCGGAAACGCACCAGUUGAAAGACGGUGGCCCAAAGGUGGCAAGCAGCCCGGACUUCGGGAAAACCAUCAGAGACCUGCCUCUGUAAGGCCCCGGGGUGGGGUGUGGGUCCCCUGCUGCGCGUCUCAGAACCCUUUGAGGGCUGCAUGCUGGGUCUUGACCCUAAACUGGGGAGAGUCGGUACAACCCCUCCAGGGCCACGUGGUGAGUACACAGCCCCGAAACCUCUUUCAUGACCAGUCGACCCGAGACUUAGGUCGAGACAUGGAGGAGAAGCAAAUAGGCCCCUGGGCCAGAGACCCAGACCCCAAAUGAAGCCUGUGGCUGCCGUGGGUCCACCCCACAGAGGAACCUCGGUCGUAGCACCAGCUCCACACAUGCUGCUCUGGGACCACCCUCUUGGCACCAUGUGGAGGCUCCUGGGGGCUUCACCUGGCACCUCGUGGCCAGGAGCGAAUCUCUUCCACACCAGUGAGAUCCCCUUUGGCCCACGUGUCC